UUCUUUUUCUUGAUCUUUGUCUCAUUUCACAAAAACCAACGUAUCCUCCUUCCUCAUCAUCUCCCCUGUUCUCCUUCUUCAACCUUCUGGAGUUUUGCUGCACCUUCUCAAGUGGGAUUUGAAUAAAGCUGCUAUGGCACUGCUGUUUCUUCUGCUUUUGGUUGUAGUAUCAGCUGCUUCUGCUGAUGAAGAAGCCUUUAUUGGUGUGAAUAUUGGGACAGACCUCUCGGACAUGCCAGACCCAACUCAAGUAGUAGCCCUACUUAAAAAGCAGCAAAUCCGAUAUGUUAGGCUAUACAAUGCAGAUCGUGGAAUGCUUCUUGCGCUUGCCAAUACAGGAAUUAAAGUUGCUGUCUCCGUUCCAAAUGAGCAACUCCUAGCAAUAGGCCAGUCCAAUUCAACUGCAGCUAAUUGGGUCUCACAAAAUGUUGUGUCACACUACCCAGCUACCAAUAUUACUACAGUUUGUGUUGGCUCAGAAGUUUUUACCUCUCUUCCCAAUGCAGCACCUAUACUUGUCAAUGCCCUCAGGUUCAUUCAGUCAGCUCUCGUAGCAUCAAAUCUUGACAGGCAAAUCAAAGUUUCAACACCUCUUCCUUCUUCCAUUAUCCUCGAUCCAUUUCCCCCGUCUCAAGCCUUCUUUAAUCACUCUUUGAACAGAGUUCUAGUCCCCAUGCUUAGUUUCUUGCAAUCCACGGGAUCAUAUUUCAUGCUAAAUGUAUAUCCUUACUACGAUUAUAUGCAGUCUAAUGGUGUCAUUCCAUUGGAUUAUGCGCUCUUCAAGCCCCUUCCUGCAAACAGAGAAGUUGUUGAUGCCAACACACUCCUUCACUACACCAAUGUCUUUGAUGCGAUGGUUGAUGCUGCUUUCUUUGCAAUGGCAUCACUUAACUUCACCAACAUUCCUGUUCUAGUGACUGAGUCAGGUUGGCCAUCGAAAGGCGACUCCCAUGAGCCAGAUGCCACAAUAGAAAAUGCCAACACCUACAACAGCAAUCUAAUAAGACAUGUCCUGAAUAAAACUGGAACUCCUAAACACCCUGGAAUUGCUGUUAGUGCUUACAUUUAUGAGCUUUACAAUGAAGACACAAGACCCGGACCACUGUCAGAAAAGAAUUGGGGACUAUUCGAUGGUAAUGGCGUGCCCAUAUAUAUUUUGCGCUUGACUGGAUCGGGAUCUGUAUUGGCUAAUGAUACCACAAACCAGACGUACUGUGCUGCAAAAGAUGGUGCAGACUCCAAAAUGCUGCAGGCUGCUCUUGAUUGGGCGUGUGGACCUGGCAAGGUGGAUUGUUCUCCACUUUUGCAGGGACAACCAUGCUAUGAACCUGACACUGUUUCUGCACAUGCAACUUAUGCAUUUGAUGCUUAUUACCAGAAAAAUGGGCAGGCUCCUCUGGCUUGUGAUUUCAAUGGAGUAGCUGCAAUCACCACUACAAAUCCAAGUCAUGGUUCAUGCCUAUUUCUGGGAAGUAGUGACAAAAAUGCGACGUUUCUGAACAGCACAGCGCCAGCUAUGAGUUCCAAGAGCUCAGGUUCUCCUGCCCAGCAAUGCAAUCCUGUUUCGGCAGCAUACUUCAUGAUAGUGGUGGUUUCAAUUGCCAGUGCACUUCUGUUGUAGUAUGCUAAAUGCAUUCGACUAUGAUCACUUUGAGAUGGCAGAGUUCCCGUAUCAGGUUUUUGCUGCUGUACUCGCGAUUGCUGUGACAGUUUUGAUCUAAAUUGUGUAUUUUGUUGGGUAAAAAAUUGUACAGCCUUCAACAUUACAAGAAGGUGAAUGGGAAAGGAUAUAUAAUAUGACGAUGGCCUUUGGCAGGGGAAAUUUUUUGUACAAUAUGAGGCAACGGGGUGAAAAAUCUCAGUUGAAAAAGGACAUCUCAGUUAUUCUUGGUGUUUCUAGGCAAUAGGAAAUUUAGGAUGUGUAAUGAAAUUGGUUCCAUUGGCCAUAGCUCCCAAGUUCAGAAUAAACUGAAAAUAUCAUUAUUCUUGUUCUAUUCA